UAAAAGGCAACCUCUAUGAACGCAUUCUUAGAGUCAAUAAUAUCAGAGCUUCUUAGAGGGGAAAUAGAUAGGUUGUAAGACAAUGUCUUGGUUUCUUACGGUUAUCUUUCUGGUUACUACUCUUACAUUUCAUACUCCUUCAGAGGCUAGUUAUGAGGAGAUCCAACCUUCUGCAGUAGUUGUUGGCACUGUCUACUGUGACACAUGUUUCCAAGAGGAUUUCUCAAAUACCAGCCACUUCAUUUCAGGGGCUUCUGUUGGUGUAGAAUGCAAAGAUGGGACUUCAACAAAACCAAGUUUCAACGCACAAGUGAAAACAAACAGCCAUGGGCAAUUCAAACUCCAUCUGCCCUUCUCAGUGAGCAAAGAUGUCAAGAAAAUUGAAGGAUGCUCCGUGAAACUAAUCCGCAGCAGUGAACCCCACUGUGCUGUGGCCUCAUCAGCCCCCUCAUCUUCCCUACACCUCAAGGCAAGAAAGCAAGGGACUCACAUAUUCUCUGCUGGUUUCUUCACCUUCAAGCCUCUCAAGCAACCCAGCUUAUGCAACCAGAAACCCAGCACUCAGAAUUCCAAGAAAUUAAAUUCCCAGGAGUUCUCAGAGAUGGCAUUCCCAUCCUCCUCUCAGGUGGACCCCAAAAUGACUGAUCCCUCUCUCAACCAAUCUGAUCUCCUAGGUCUCCCAAUCGGUCUCCCAGGACUCCCAGGUCUGCCAGGACUCCCAGGACUCCCAGGUCUCCCAGGCCUCCCGGGACUUCCAGGGUUGCCCCUUGCUGCCGAAAAAGCUACAUCUAAGUCCUCCAACUCCAAAACUUCAAACAAUGGGCAACUAGGUGAUAAUAAGGAAGUAGCCCAUCCAGAUUCUCCACCAGCAGGUUCAGCACCAUGAUUCCCAACCUGCCACCUAUCCUGGUUUCUGUUGGGCUCCUAUCCUAUUGGGCGUUACCCGUUUAAGUACAAUAAGCCCAUUUAGGUCUUCUGUGUUGUGGUUUCCUGAACUUCUAUGUAUAUUGUCUCUUCCUUCUCUUUUGAGAACUAUGUGAAAUAUUGAAUGUUUAAGUUUUUAUCUUC